AUGACCAGCCGCUCUGCCGAUUCGACCGACGAUGGUGACGAACAGUCCUGCACUCCCGACGUAGCCGCUACCGAAGCCAUAGCCCGCCGCCCGCAAUCAAGAUCACGUUCAGCCAGCAAGGCAGGCAAUGGGCCAACCGAGUUCGAAUGGAAGCGCAGCAGUAACCGUAACGGACAUGCAGAGAUACCCUCAUCGGUCACGCCAACCUUUUCACGCCCGUUUAUACCGGCUGCUUCAACCAUGGCUCUGCGAAAGUCAUCUUCUGGGCUCCCUCAAACCAAAGGAAGUCGACGCGCCGGCGCUGUCUCCUUCCUCGUUCUUCUCACAGCGGGUACCGGCAUCAUGCUCUUGGCCGCUAUAUUGAAGUCACUCAUUAGCUAUCAAGUCGAACCCAAGGGGUGCCGCAUGUCUUACAUGAGACCCUCUUACAUUCACUUCAACGAUUUCGAUACGGAACAUACCCGUUUUGCGACCAAAUAUUCGCUGUAUCUUUACCGUGAACAAGGCGUAGACGAUGAAGCUAAGCUACGUGGCAUACCAAUACUCUUCAUCCCUGGUAAUGCUGGUAGCUAUAAACAAGUUCGACCAAUCGCAGCAGAAGCAGCUACGUACUUUUAUGACACCCUGCAACAUGACGGACGCUCCAUGGAUUCGGGAGUGCGAAACUUGGACUUCUUUACCGUCGAUUUCAAUGAAGACAUCACCGCGUUCCAUGGCCAGACCUUACUUGACCAGGCAGAGUAUCUCAACGAAGCAAUCCGCUACAUUUUGUCUCUUUACUCGGAUCCUCAGCGAGCCAUUCGUGACUCCCAACUACCCGAUCCAACUUCAGUCGUGAUUCUUGGUCACUCAAUGGGCGGUGUCGUUGCUCGUGCAAUGCUAGUGCAGUCAAACUACCAGGCAAAUUCCAUCAACACUAUAAUUACCAUGUCCGCCCCUCAUUCUCGGCCACCAGUUACCUUCGAUGGUCAAAUUGUGCAAAUCUACGAUGAAAUCAAUGCCUACUGGAGAGAUGCGUACGCACAGAAGUGGGCCAAUAAUAAUCCGCUGUGGCAUGUUACCCUCAUUUCUAUCGCAGGCGGAACUUUGGACACUGUUGUACCUUCAGACUACGCAAGCGUGGAGCCUCUGGUCCCGGAAACUCAUGGUUUCACUGUUUUUACUACUGGAAUCCCAACUGUUUGGACGAGCAUGGAUCACCAAGCUAUUCUUUGGUGCGACCAAUUCCGCAAAGUCGUUGCCAAAGCAUUAUAUGACAUUGUCGAUUCAAACCGCGCCUCACAGACCAAACCCCGAGCUCAAAGAAUGCAACUCUUUAGACGACGAUUCUUAUCAGGCCUAGAAGCAGCCACAGAAAAGUCGAUAGCUUUGAAGGACGAAACCGUUCGGCUGACCCUGGAUGCGGAGUCAAGCCGCAUUGUCCCCGUUGGCGAUCGUUUGAUUCUGGAUCAUCUAGGCAAUCAACGCGACCCAGUAGUCCAUCUGUUACCUAUUCCUCCACAGGAGACGUCUGUUCCUAAGCGGUUUUCGCUAUUGACAGACUCUUCACUAGUUGACGCAGAGAAGAACGGUUCGCUUGAGGUCCUUGUCUGUACUGUUUCUCCCGGGGAAGUUGGCUCAGCUACUAUGCACAACUCAUAUCCGACGACUAUACCAGGAGGUAGCGAGGCAAGACUUGCUUGCAAGAACACAGCUUCCGAUGUCAUUCUACUACCAGCUUCCACAACAUCGAUUCGGUAUCCAUUCUAUCUCGAAGGGGAAAGCCCAAUCCGUCCAUUUUCGUACCUUCAAUACGAUUUACAGGACUUGUGGGAGUACAAUUUCAUCGCUGUCGUGGAUAGAGCCACCUCACAAACUCCGGGGUUUGUCAUUACUGAAUUCAGCGAGCGGGACUCGAUUCAGAAAGCAUAUCGGAGCAGCUUCUCGCACAUCGCGAUGUUUGGCUUGUCAUUUUCAUUACCAUCGGAUCGACCAAUGGCAGUUGAGGUUCAAUUUCCCGCCAUAACCUCAAGUCUCCUUGCCUUCCACUUGGACCUGGCCCCUCUGCAGUGCCAGAGCAAGCGCCAUCUCUACACUCCGAUUGUCAGGCAAUAUUUGGACAAGCCGUAUGAAUCAAAGUACUUCGUUGGUGCCAGGCAUGCACAUAUUAGUUUGCAUGGAAUUGCACCCUAUGUACCUCCACCUCUGGAACCUAAAAGCAGUGACAGCGGUCUGGGGCUCCAAAUUUGGGCCGACCCGUCAUGCGACUCCGUACUCGUGGCCAGGCUGCGGAUCGAUGUGCCUGGAAGUCUCGGGAAACUGUAUAUGCGUUACAGGACAGUUUUUGCAGCAUUUCCGCUACUCAUUGUGACCUUAGUUUUGAGGAAGCAAUUUCGGGUCUAUGACCAAACAGGCAUCUUCAUUCCAUUCUCAGAAGCUUUGGAUCUCUCCCUCCGGCGAUCAGUCCCUUUACUUCUCAUCUCUUUGACUCUUCUUGCGGUCUCACCGGAAGGCACCUCGAGGCUUAUUCCCGGCCUGCUGUGGAGCAAGCGACAUUUGAAUGCAUUUCAUAGGAACGAGCUUCUCAUUGGCACCGAGAACCCGUCAUUCUGCUUGCUCGUCCCCCUUAUCGGACUCGUCUGCAUCGGAGUAUGCGCUGUACUGCACUACAUUGUGCUUGGCCUUACCCGAACUCUCGGCAUAUUAUACGCCUUUUUCACCAAUGGCCCUAGGACAGAAACAGCCAGCCACAAAGGAAUUGCCUCGCAAGUCCUGGUGCCCUCUACACCAAGGCGGCGCAUGGUUUCUACAGCUGUUCUCCUAUUCCUUGUCUCAACCUUUAUCCCUUACCAGUUUGCAUACCUCGUUGCGUGCCUUGUUCAGCUGUUCACGACUGUUCGCGCUCAUCGCCUUUCACAUCUAGCCGAUUCAACGUCAAGUUCGAACUACUACCGCUAUGUUCACUCCAUACUGCUCUUGAUGAUGUGGGUCUUGCCCAUCAACCUCCCAAUCCUCGCUGUGUGGAUACGAAAUCUUGCCGUGCAUUGGCUCACGCCUUUUUCCUCACACCACAACGUACUGUCUAUCAUGCCUUUCAUGCUACUGGUAGAGAAUUUAACCACCGGCAAAAUGAUAACGCCCGAGAAUUCCACCUUUUCCAUCAGCAGCGUGGCUAGACGGACAAUGGAAAUGUGCUGCGCCAUCAUUACGGGUUAG